CUAAGCAAAUAUAAAAAGUGAGAGAGAGAGAGAGAGGCUUAAAUAUUGAGAGAAAGAUAAGGACUUGGAGAAGAAGAGGAAAAGGGAGAGGGAAAGGGAAAGGGAAAGAGAGGAAUUAGUAAUGGCUACAGAGGAUUCUCCUCUCCUCCAUGGGAUCUUGGAUGUUACUGUUUUUGAAGCAGAUCACCUCCACCAUGCAAUUAACACCCACAUUCUUCAGGUUGCAGAGAGGAUAGAGGAGACCCUGCACCUGCACCAUUUGGCCCACACCAAGCUCUACGCCGCCCUCGACAUCGGUGGCGCCCGUGUCGCGCGCACCCGCGAGGUCGAAUUCCACCCCAAGAACCCCGUCUGGAACGAGUCCUUCCGCGUCUACUGCGCGCACUCCGCCCAGUCCCUCACCUUCUCCGUCAAGAACCAGCUCCCCGUCGGCGCCUCCAUCCUCGGCCUCGCCUCCAUCCCCACCCUCGCCCUCCUCUCCCCCUCCUCUUCUGAACCCAUCGACGGGUUUUUCCCGCUGUACGCCGAAGACGGACGCAAGCUCCGCAAGGCCCAAAUCCACGUCCGCCUCCGAUUCUUCGACGUCACCUCCGACCCCUGCUGGAACGCCGGAAUUCGCCUCCCGCAGUUCUCCGGCCUCUCAAAUUCCUACUUCCCGCAGCGCGAGAACUGUAACAUCACCCUGUACCAGAACAGCCAUCUUUCGAACCGUUUCCACCCCGCGGUGAAGCUCUCCGACGGAAAGCAUUACCGGCCCCCGCGGCUUUGGGAGGACCUCUACGUCGCUUGCAUGGAGGCGCAGAAUUUUAUCUACGUGGCCGGGUGGUCGGUGAACGUGAACAUCACGCUCGUUCGAGACCCCGAGCGGAUGAUCCCCGGCGCGGAGGGUGUCACGGUCGGCGAGCUGCUCAAGAGGAAGGCGGCGGAGGGCGUCGCGGUGCUGGUCAUGGUGUGGCAGGACCGCACGUCGGUGUCAUUCCUGGGGAACGCCGGGCUGAUGAAGACGCAUGACGAGGAGACUCACAAGUACUUCGAGGGGUCGGCAGUGAAGUGCUUCCUCUGCCCGCGGAACGCCGACCCGACGCUGACGGCCGUGCAGCACGUCGAGGUCGGGACGGAGUUCACGCACCACCAGAAGACGGUGACGCUUGACGCCCCUGCCUCCGACGGCUCGUCGUCGCGCCACGUCGUGAGCUUCGUCGGUGGGAUCGACAUCUGCGGCGGACGGUACGACGACGAGAGCCACACCCUGUUCCGGGACCUCGACACGACCUACCUGAAUGAUUUUCAGCAGAACAACUUCCCCCACGCUGACUUGAAGCACGGCGGGCCGCGGGAGCCGUGGCAUGACGUGCACUCGAAGCUCGAGGGCCCCGCAGCGUGGGACGUGCUCGCCAACUUCGAGCAGCGGUGGAGGAAGCAAUCGCCGCGGGAGAUGUCGGAUUGCUUGUUGAACAUCCGGCCAGAGAUAUUCCCGGACCCGUCGCCGCCCGACGCUAACGAAUCGUGGAACGUGCAGGUUUUCCGAUCAAUCGACGAUGCUUCGGUGGUCGGUUUCCCCUCCGACCCGGCGGUGGCCGCCAGAAUGGGCCUGAUGAGCGGAAAAGACGUCACGAUCGAUCAGAGCAUACACUCGGCGUACGUCGAAGCGAUCCGGAGGGCGAAGCGGUUUAUAUACAUACAAAACCAGUACUUCUUCGGGAGCUGCGCAUCGUGGAAGGAGGAUCAGGACUGCGGUUGCCUGAAUUUGGUGCCGAUCGAGAUUGCGCUGAAGAUCGCGAGCAAGAUCAGGCUUGGGGAGAGGUUCGCGGCGUACAUCAUAACCCCGAUGUGGCCGGAGGGGGAGCCGGAGGGGGACACGGUGCAGGCGAUCCUGCACUGGAACCGGCUGACGAUGGAGAUGAUGUACGGGAUCGUGGCGAAGGCGAUAGACGACGCAGGAUUGUGCGGGAGGGCGCACCCCUGCGACUAUUUGAACUUCUUCUGUGUGGGGAACAGAGAGGUUCAGUACCCUGGAGAGUACGUCCCGCCGGAGCCGCCGGAGCGCGGCACGGACUACUGGCGGGCGCAGGUCAAUCGGCGCUUCCUGAUCUAUGUGCAUGCGAAGCUUAUGAUCGUCGACGACGAGUACGUGAUAGUUGGAUCUGCAAACCUGAACCAAAGAUCGCUCGCAGGCAACCGCGACACUGAGAUUGUCCAAGGCUCGUACCAACCGGCCCAUCUAAACGGAGCUGACGGACGCGCCCGCGGGCUAAUCCACGGGUACCGGAUGUCGCUGUGGUACGAGCACUUCAUGAGCCACUGCAAGCAUCUCGCCCACAUCUGCCUCGAUCCCGAGAGCGUGGAGUGCGUGAGAGCCGUGCGCGAGGUCGCGCAGAGCUUGUGGGAGAUGUUCGUGGGUGACGGUGUCGUCAAUCUUCCUGGACAUCUCCUCCCGUUCCCGAUACGGGUGUCGGAGUCAGGGGAAUUAUCUGAGCUGCCGGUGGACGGGCUGUUUCCGGACACCAAAGCAUCUGUGAAGGGCAAGAAAUCUGAAGUUCUGCCUCCUAUUCUCACCACUUGAAGGUGGAAACCUCUGGGAAAUUGUUUUUCUUCUCUUCCUUGUUUGCGGAUUGUGUUAUGUUUUUCUUUUUUUUCAAAAAUAAAAAGAAGAGGAGGAAAAAGAGUUUGGUGAUGGCUCACGUAUGGUUGGAUUUGCGUGGCUCACUGCUACAAAACCAAACAUAUUUUUGAAGUGAAUGGAACGACCAUAAGGUUUGCGUAUUCGGUUUGUU